AUGAGUCCAGGAGUCGUCGGUAAAAAAUUUUUAAAAAGAGCAUUAGAAAAAAGAUAUACAUGUCAAAAAAAAAGAAAAGUUUUGUCAAAUAAAAAGUCAAAUCUAAAACCUAAACGAUUGAAUUUUAGUAAAAAAGCUGACGAGAAUUAUGGAAAUGCAGACAAAUUAGACAUUCUAAAAGACAUAAAAUGUAUAGAGUUUGUGAAUGAAAUGAAUCAAUUUGUCAAAAAACUAGGGGAAGUUGAUCGUAUUAAAAUUGAACGAGAGACUAGAGAUCAAGCUGAUAAUGAUAUUUGGAAACGAGAAAGACUUUGCAGACUUACAGCUAGUAAUUUCGGUCGUAUUUGUAAGAUGCGUGCAAAUACUAGCUGUAAAAGUACAGUUUAUUCAAUUUUAUAUUCCAGUUUUACCUCUAAGUCAGUUCAGUAUGGCAGAGAUAUGGAAGGGGUUGCUAAAAUGAAAUUUGAAGAAAUUUAUGCAGGAAUUCAGAUUAAACCUUGUGGUUUAUUUAUAGACACAGAAUUUUCAUUCCUAGCUGCAAGUCCCGAUGGAAUAAUUGACGAAAAAACCAUAGUAGAAAUUAAAGCUCCAUACUCAGCCAAAAACAGCCAAAAUGCAAUUGAGGCUGUCGAGAGUGGUAAAUUACCUUACUGUAAAAUUGAGAACGGACAAUUAAAAUUAAAAAAUAAUCACAACUACUUUUAUCAAGUGCAAGGUCAACUUCACAUUUCAAAAAAAGAAGUAUGUUAUUUUAUUAUAUAUUCUCCUCAGUGGAUAUCGGUUGAGAAAAUAAAGUAUGAAAAUAAUUUUUGGAUUACGAAAAUGAAAGACAAAUUAAAAACAUUUUAUUUGGAUUGUUUGCUCCCGGAGAUUGUAGAUCCAGCUUAUAAAUAUCGCUUGAUGGUUUCAGAUAUUAGGGAAUCAAACAAAGUGGAAGUAUUACAAAAUAAAAUUAAUACGUAA